AUGCUACUCAUUGACAACAUCCGUUCCUCUAAGCGCCUAGGUUCAACUAAAAACCAGAAACUUCUCGAAAAGAGGCCUUUUGCCUUGGUACGAAAUUUCGCUUUCGCCUUUAAUCUCCUGAAUCGAGUUUUUUACUCGCCUGAUCAUGGACCGGACAAGAUCGUUUUUCAAAAUGGCGCAUUCAUCAUGCGGCAACCUCAGCAGCAGGUGCAAUUGUCUGGUUGUCGACCGAUUUACACACGACAAAUGGAUGAGAUUAUGCUACCGUUUCGGCGGCUUCAAUUGUCUGUUUCUGAAUUUGCAACCUUCAAAGCAGCUUUGUUCUUCAAUCCCGAUGCUCUUGACCUGUCGAAUCAAGCAAAACCGGAGGUGUACGAAGAGCGAAAUAAAUAUCUAAGCGCACUUUUCACAUGCAUUACCAGUAAACUUGGAAUGGCUGCUGGCGUUCAGAAAUAUGGCAGUCUGCUGAUGAUGACAGCAAGCAUACAGAACAUUCUUGCCCAAAAUGAGGAAAACAUGCAAGUGAUGGAGCUGUUCAAAAACUGGGAAGUGGAUCCAUUUGUCAAGGAGCUGUGUAUGAAGAGAGCUUGA